GAUGGCCAGCACCAGCACCCUCAACAUGAGCAACAACGUCGCCGUCAUCACGGGUCCCUCAGCCAGCAUUUCCCGCCGAUUCAAUACGGUCGAUUCGAAAAGGGCCACCAUCGUCAAUGUCACGAUGGCCAAACUGGGUCGGUCCUGGCCUCGUGGGCCAGCAGGACGAGAAAGUGCUGUUCGAUGCGAACCCUGAAGAAACGCCUGCCGGUCAUCACGUGGAUCCCGAAAACCACCCUGGAAACAGUGGUUUGCGACCUUAUCGCUGGGCUCUCUGUUGGGCUGACAGUUAUCCCUCAUGCUUUCGCUUUCGCUGGACUCGCAGGACUUCCUGUUCAAUACGGAUUGUAUUCGGCAUUCGUCGGUUGCUUUGUGUAUUUCAUCUUCGGAUCCAUCGCUGAAGUGACAAUCGGCCCAACAGCUACUCAAGCCAUGAUCACUGCGAACUUCGUCACAAAUCGAGGCCUUCCACCGCAAAUUGCAGUGACUCUGUGCUUCAUGUCCGGAUGCUUCACUUUCAUUGCUGGUCUACUAAACCUGGGGUUGUUCAUGAAGUUCGUGUCGGUACCGAUCACAUCAGCAUUCACAACAGCCGUCGCCAUCAACAUCGCCUUUUCACAGAUCAAGGCAAUCCUGGGAUUCAAGUUUCAGGCUUCCGGAUUCAUCAUGUGUGUCCGAAAAAUCUGCGAAAACCUCUACAAAACCCAGCUGUGGAACACUGUUUUAGGAGUGUCCUGCAUCAUUUUCCUGUCGACAUUCAGGUUUCUGAAGCCGAUUUCUGAGCCGAAUCCCGCGGAUUCAGCGACAAGACGACGACUGAGGAGAGCUCUGUGGUUUGCCUGCAACGGCUCCAACGCAGUUUCAGUCAUCCUUUCUGCCACUUUGGCCUAUUUGUUUUAUUCCAACGGGAUCCAGCCAUUCCCGAUCACGGGUGACAUGCCCGCAGGCAUCCCAUCCGUGUCGAUCCCGACCUUCAGCUACGUGGAUAGCGAGGGGAAAACGCAUGACUUCCUCGACGUCUUGGGCACCAUCGGGGCCGGGGUUUUCGUCGUGCCGAUUUUGGCAGUCCUGGAGAACAUGUCCAUCGCUAAAGCCUUUGCAAAGGGGAAAGCAAUGGAUGCGACCCAAGAAAUGUUGGCAAUCGGAAUCUCAAACAUUCUCGGCUCCUUCGUAUCAUCAAUGCCAGUCACUGGAACAUUUUCGAGGACCGCCAUUAAUGCUUCUUCCGGUGUUAAAUCUCCUUCCGGUGGACUCCUCACUGGAUCAAUUGUGCUCUUCUCCUUGGCGUUUUUGACUCCAUGCUUCAAGUACAUCCCGGUGGCAACUCUGGGAGCCGUGGUGAUCUGUGCUGUUAUAUUCGUGGUUGACAUACCGACCAUCAUUGCUAUUUGGAAGUGCAAAAAAAGUGAUUUGCUUCCGUACACAGCAACUUUUUGCGGAUGCUUAUUCCUGGAAAUGCACUGGGGAAUCAUUUUUGGACUCAUUGCGCAAGUGAUACUUUUGCUGAUGGAAUACACAAACCCUCGGAUAAGGUUUCAGAAAGUCAUGCUGGGUAAAAUGAAUGGUAAAUUGGCCGCCAAAGUGGCGGCCAAUGUGGCGGCUGUGAAGGAGGCUGUUGAUGAAAAUGGCGGAAUUGCCUUGGAUUACCUGGAGGCAACCCUUAGAAAGAAUGCCUAACACGUGGUAGUGGAUUGUCACAGCUUGACGAAAGCUGACUUUUCGCUGAAACGAGGAUUUGAGGCAUUGAGCAGAGACCUGAAGUCCAUGGACAAACAUUUGCACUUCAUCCGACUGAGACCGGAAGUGGAAAAGGUUCUUUUCCACGACCUCGACGUCAACGUUGUUCUCCAAGAACUGGACGACGUUCGAUCGAUUGACAAAGACCUGAGAUCAUCAGAAGUGAUGAAGGAGGCAGAUACUUACGUAGUCACAAAGGUCUGA